AUCACAGUCAGUGACGUCACACAACGGGCUCUCCUGAGCAGAAACAGCCAGAAACACCUGAGAGUUUCUUUAUUUCUGGCUGAUUAUAUUAGGAGUAAAUUGUCAUACGUUGUGUCAAGUGGGUCUGUUUCUAACGAAAGCAAGAGUCUCGCGUGUUUUUGAAUGAACGAGCUCUCCUCUCUUGAAGGAGAACGUUCGCAGCAUCUGCUAGUGGACGCUGCAAGCUAGCUAGCUUAGCAGGCUAACCGGAAAGCUACAGGCAGGUAGCCGGGUAUGAAGAAGCGAAGACAGGGAGAGCCUCAUUCAUCCGUGUGUCAAUGUAUGGAGCAGAUAAUUGCCGAGUGAACCGACACAGCUCGAGUUUUUGACGGCGACAUAACCGGAUGUUUGAUUCGGCCUACCCCAGACGGUUACCUUUACUUUAUACCUUUUACUUUAGGCUAAGCUAGCUCAGCUGUAGCUCGGAAAACAACAGGUAACCCCGGUUUUUAGCCCAGGUGCGCCGGGGCAGGGGGUACCACCGGGGACAUGGCCAGCGGUUCCGUACCAGGCUUCACCCUCCAGGCUAAUGGGGACGACAAUCCAGGGCAGGUGUCAUCAGGCUCCGGGGGCUCAUCAUGUCACCGCCGCUCCGACUCAGAGUCCGAACCCCCUCCGACGGCGAAGAGCUUAGCUCGGCUGUGCAGCAGGGACAAAGAUGAGCGGACCACGGCUCUGGAGGAGCUGAGCCAGAAGGUUCUGGUGUGCUUAGGACUGGACCGGCCCGGUUCGGCUCGGCUGAGCAAGCAGACGCUUCUUCACCUGCUUCGGCUGUCUAGGUCGUGUCCGCUCGAGGAGGUUCGGGUGAGAGCGACCGAGCUGCUGUGGACUGCGCAGGAAGAAGGCGUCAAAGUACCUCGAGCUUUGGCUUCUGGUCCGAGUUGUUUCAUUCCCGCAAAAGAGAUGUUGAUAGAAGGGCCAAACCAGGACAUCCUCAUUGAGUCUUUUCUUUCGCUAGGUCGGGUGGACCAUCUCACCACCAUCAUGGCGCUCCACCCGUCCUAUCUUAGCUGCUUCUUGAAGACGCAGCACGCUUUGUUCGAACUGGACGGUCCUUUGCCCCGUGACUGGAGACAUUACAUUUCCGUAUUGGCAGCGGCGCGGCACCACUGUUCCUACAUGGUGCAGCAGCACAGCGCGGCUUUCCUGGAAGCCGGAGGGGAGGAGAACUGGCUCGGCGGCCUCGAGCACGCCCCCGCCAAACUCCGCAGCCUCCAAACCCUCAACAAGCUGCUGGCACACCGACCCUGGCUCAUCACGCAGCAGCACAUCCAGGAGCUGGUGUGUGCCGGAGCAGAGCCGCGUUGGUCCCUGGCUGAGCUGAUCCACGCCGUGAUUCUGAUGGCAAACACUCACUCUCUCUGCUCCUUCGCGUGGGGCUGCGGUUUAAACCCGGAGCCGGACCACGUCGGGGGCUACACCUUCCAUCCUCCGUCGCCCAGCCACGUUCCCCGCAGCACCCACAGCCCGGCUCAUGAGGACGGCAGGCAGGAGCUGGUGGAUGGAGCGGUGGAGGUGGAGGUGCUGAUGAAGAGAAUGGUGGAGCUGCAGGAGCAGGAGGAGGAGUGCACACAGGAGGAGAUGGUUACUCGAUUUGAAAGGGAGAGGAGCGAGAGCAUACCAACAGCGGUGGUACGGGGAGCGCCGCCUGAGCUGGUGCUGUGUCUAGUCGAGGAGCCGGAGUUCAGAUACGAGGACUUCGCCCCCAGAGGGGAGCAGUCGCCACACAUCAUGAGAGCCCAGGACUAUUCAUGGGAAGACCACGGGUUCUCUCUGGUCCAGAGACUGCUUCCAGACAUGGGCCAGUUCCUGGAUGAGGAAUUCCAGGUUGUGAGCAACCUGACCUAUCACAGGAUGGCCAUGCAUGAAGGCGUGGACACGUACACUCUAAGAAAAGCUCUGUGGAACUACAUCCACUGCCUCUACGGCAUACGGUAUGACGACUACGACUACGGCAGCGUGAACGUGUUGUUGGAGCGCUCCCUGAAGGUGUUUGUUAAAACGGUGGCCUGUCACCCCGAGCAGACCACUGCACGCAUUUACCACGCCUUCUGGAGACACUUCAGACACUCCGAAAAGGUUCACGCCAACCUAAUCGUGAUGGAAGCCCGGCUCCAGGCUGCCCUUCUCUACACUUUACGAGCCAUUACGUACUACAUGAGAUGACUCCGUUGCACACCCUCUCGCAGAUGCUGAGCCAGCUUAGACGGAUAAACUUAAACUCGCACACUACAGUGAAUGUUAAUUUAUAUGCAUAUUGUAUGUUUCAGUGUUAAAUGUUCUUUGAUGCUGCUUUGCAACGUGGAUGUAUUUAAAAAAACAAACAAAAAUAAGUUACGUAUUUUGCACUGAGUGGGUCAGGAUUCGAAUCUCCAGUGGAGCCUUGAGCGUUCAGAUUUAUCUCGGACACACGUCUGUAAAACCUACCUGCUACACCGCCUGGUUGUGCCAGGACAGUUUAUUGCAUUAAUAAGUCACUGAUUUGGGGGAUAUGUUUAUUUUUUUUUUUUGAUGCGUAAUUAACACUUUUCUGAGUGAAAUCGUUAAGCCUCUGGUUACGUUGUCUGCAGUACUACAAGGCUAAGCUGAAACAAUAUCUUGUAUUUUUAUAAGCAAUAAAGUUACUUUGUUAUUGAUCAAA